AUGAUCCCAUCUCCUCAUUUAAGAAGUGAAGGACAAAACAUUAUUAAAACAAUUAUUGUUCCUAGGGUUGUUAAGUCAUGCUCUCAUGAAACCCUCAUAAAAAUUGCAGCUGCUAUUGACUUAGAAUUAAUUAAUGGAAGUGCAAUUUCACGAAUUGCUGAUGUUAGUUGGAAGAGUAGCGUUGAAGAUGGUGUUUUAAUAAAUUCUAAAAUAAAAGGAGAUUUAUGGAAUAAAAUUGAAGAACAUCAAUUUUCAAACGAAAAUGAAAAACAUCAGGCUUUGUUGUGUUGUUUCAAAUAUGGAAAUAUUGAAUUUGAUAAAGUACUUAAUUACAUUAAAAAAAUUGGAGGAGUUAGAGAGAACGGUGUUAAUGGGUUAGAUUUAAAUGAAAGAGUUCAGUAUUAUGAAAAAAUUAAUCAAACUCACCAAUUAUUGCAACAAUUAAUUCUUUCUUUUAAAUUAGGAUUAGCACCUAUUUCUAAUCAAUUGUUACAUAUUUUACUUCAACAUUUUGCUCUUAUUAAUCAAUUACCACCAGUAACUAUUUCAUUAUUAUUUACUACUAUCACUGUACUAAUGGAUAAUAUUAAAGGAAUAUUAAUGACUCGUAUUUCAUUACUUCUUCCUUUAUUCCUUGAAUUUAUAAAACAAAAUAAAUUAAAUGAAAGAUACCAUUCAAUUAUUCUUCAAGCAAAAUCAAUUGUUCAAUCCCUAUCUUUAGAAUCAAAACCUUUCUUAAAUAAACAAGACAGUGAAAUAAUGGCAGAAUUACAACAAUUAUUAAUUUGA